AUGUCCCGUAAUGACCGUGGCGGUAAUACUGCUACCACCAUUACUACAACUCCAGGUCCAAAGACUCCUAAUCGUACACCUCAACGUUCAGCAACAACUCCCAAUCGCACUCCCACUCGAACACCAACGCAACAACGAUCCUUUUUCAAUCCAAAAACUAUAGUACGACCCACACCACCCGAUUUCACUGCCAUGUCCGCAAAUGACUCUAUAAUACGCAAAUCAGUUCUUGGGAAACGAAGCGACGAUAGUUUUGUACCAUACAACCCUGAAAAAGAACCUAUCAAGGCCUAUCUACGAAUACGACCGCAACCUGUAAACCAUGAAGCAAUGGUAGAAUCACCGUAUCUACAAGUUGUGGAUGAUCUUGAAGUAUCCAUGACGCCACCAGAGGAUUCGAAUGCUUAUAGAACACGCAACCGAGCACCCGAACGAUACAAAUUCACAAAGAUAUUCACUGAUUCUGUCACUCAACAAGAUUUCUUCAACAAAACGACAUUGCCGCUAGUUCGGGAUGUAUUAACUGGAGAAAAUGCAUUGGUGUUUGCCUACGGAGUCACGAACUCGGGCAAGACGUAUUCGGUGAUGGGAACAAAGAAGGAACGUGGCAUAUUGCCUCGAACGCUGGAUGUUAUAUUUAAUAGUGUUGAUGGUUACAUAAGCGAAUCCAAGAACCCAAAUUUAUGGGAAGGAUAUCACUUGCCAGCUGAACGGGAUCAAACUAUACUCGACAUUGGCCAAAAAUUCGAGUAUGGGAUCUGGGUCUCUUUUGCAGAAAUAUAUACGGAAAAGAUCUAUGACUUACUGGUGCCUCCUAACAAGCAAUUGAAACGGCAAUCACUAUCGCUCAAAUACGAGUUUCGAAGUGGACACAAGUACAUCUCUGGUCUAACGGAAGUCAGUGUUCAAUCUAUUGAGGAAGCAUAUGCCUUGUUGCACGAAAGCCAAAAAAAUCGCGCUGUUUAUUCUACUUUAUUGAAUCAUACCAGCAGUCGAAGCCAUAGUAUCUUUACUGUACGGAUUGUUAGGACUCCUAUUGAUGACGAGGACUAUGUCAUUGAGGACCCCGCUUAUGCAACCGUAUCCAAAAUGUCAAUCGUGGACCUGGCUGGCUCGGAACGGUAUCGGAAUACAUUUAAUACCGGCCAACGAUUAAAGGAAGCUGGCAAUAUCAACAAGUCAUUGAUGGUCUUGGGCCAAUGUAUGGAGACGCUCAGACUUAAUCAGAUCAAAACAGAGAUGGGGAAGCGUGCAGCCAUUGUCCCGUUUAGACAUAGUAAAUUAACCGAGCUAUUCAAGAGCUCGUUUGAGGGUGACGGAAAAGCGGUUAUGGUUGUCAAUGUCAAUCCUUUCGAUACUGGAUUCGACGAGAAUAGUCAUGUCAUGAAAUUCGCAGCUGUUGCAAAGAAUGUAGCAACUUGGCGUCGGAUUCAUCCCAAACUCGACUUGCAUGGCAUUUCUGGCUCAGCUAAGCGACUUCGCACACAAUCCUACGACAAACAAAGAGUACAGCAGCAGCAGCAGCAGCAAUUACAGCAAUACCAACAGCAACAACAACAGCAGCAGCAGCAUCACCACGACGAAGAGGAUGAAGAUGAAAGCGACGACCCGUUCGUUGACAAUCUAAUUAUACAACUAGAAGAUCUCCAUGGAAAGUGGAUCGAAGCCGAAACACGCUGCGCUACCAUUGAGUCAACAGUACGUCAGCAGGUUGCCAAGGAAACCGAAACCGAACUGCGAAAAAUGGAAGAUAUCUACAUGUCUGCAUUGAAGAGUCAAUCCCUGACUGCCGAAAUGGACCGGCUACGUGCCAUCAUGCGUGAUCACGAGGCUACCAAACACAGUCUGUUGGAAAAGAUCGCUGAGCUAGAAGGUGACAAGCGACGUGAACAAGAUACGAAUCGACAGUUGACACAGCAGCUUCGUGAACGUGAACAAGAGCAGCUCAAGCGUCCUGCACCCGCUGCAUUGAAGCGACAAAUAUCCGAGAUGGAUGUGGACACAAACAUCAACAGCAGCGAGCACAAGGAUCCUAAAUUCCAAGAAAUGCUCGAGCUGCGAAAACGACUGCGUCGUAGCGUUUUCAAGAACGGUAAAGAGUAUGCCGAGGACGCUGGGGAUGUCAUGAAGCAAGUGGAAGAAUUUGAAGGAGUCACGUUUGAGCUGAUCAAGGAAACGACCAUGGGCCGCCUUUUGAAACUCAUUGCUCAAAGGAAAUUCGCCAGUGACCCUGCACACAUUCAAGAACGUGCUACACGGUUGUUUAAGCGGUUUGCACGACUUUCAAUUGAUGUCUUGGCACCUGCCAAGGGACCGCGUAGCAACAAAAACAACAACAGACACAAUCACACGGUGAUGGUCAGUGUGGAUGCCGGCAGGGAAGAAGAGUUAAUAUCAGAUAUGCGUGUUGCGCUUGAAACUCUGCAGCAUGAGAACAUGAAAUUGAAAAGCCGAGUCAAGGCUAUGCAUGUGGGUCAACGUCGGUUAAAACAGGCGUUUGAAAAAACCAAAAAUGAUGUGUCCAUUGCGUCAAGCGUGGCUCAACCUCAUCAUCAUCAACAUCAACAAGAGAAUUACUUUGAACCCAAUACGGCGUCGGCACAAGAUCCGGAGCCUUCCGAAAGCACUGAAGAUGUAAGCACUUGUGCGCUAUUGAAUAUGUGA